CAGCUGAACUGCUACCUUUAAAAUAUGCCAUCCUUUUUAUAUUUUUACCAUAAAUAGUUGUAUUUUUUCUAGUUUUUUAUUUUCUUAUUAAACCGAAAUAUAAGUAGUUUAUAUGCCUAUAAUGAAAAUGCAUCCACGUUAAAAUAUUAAUUUAAUAAAAUAAUAUAGCAUAUACAAUUAACAUUUGGUUUGUGGGCAUCGUAACCAUGAUCGGAGGUCUCCAAACGAAGCAGGAAUUUUGGCACUGAUUACCAGACGGACAACAUCAUUAAGCCAGAACACGGAGGACCGGAGGAUUGUUUGAAACUGACAAACAUUCAAACGGAGUCUGUCGACGAAGGAGGUAACGGAAGCGGGCUUAUGGAACGGUCGUGACAACAUGAAAAAGAAAAGGUGUGGAGGAAUAUUUUCGCACAGCGUUUGAUUCAACUGGGAGAAACGGACAGAGGAGAGGUAGGAGAGAGUGAAACAGAUAAGGGUGUCGGAUGGAGAAGGCAGAAAAGGAGAUGUGCCGGGGGUAAGCGGAACGAAGAGAAGCGGAGGGAUAAAAAGGCUAAAACAAAGUGAGAAGAUGCUAGAAAUGAAAGAAGAGAUGGACUGUAGACAUAAAUACACAAAUAGAUGGAAAGGAAAGCAAUCAACUGCGUAUGUUAUGCUUUGAAACAACACGUUUUUAAAACCAUUGACAUUUCAAUUAAAUCAUAUUGCUUUUGUUUUGUUUUUUUGUUUGUUUUUUGUUUGUUUUUUUGCUAGUUGGGGUUAGAUUCCAGAAAUUGAGUAUUAUGUAAGUAAAAUAAGUGAAUACCAGUUUUGCACGAAGAUGUAAAGAGGGAGGCUAGAGAUAAAGAGGAAGAGGCAAAUAAAGAGGGAUGUUAAGGGGAAGGAAAUUACCUGAAAUCUUCUGGGGCUAAAAAUAUGAAUUCCAAAUCUGACCACUUCUCUUCUGGAACUACAUAGAUCCAUAUCCCCCUCCCCCUAACCCCUUCACAUUCAACCUACUCCCUCUUCCCCCUUCCCUUCAUCCCUUCCUCUCAUCCAUCCUCAACUCUACCCAUCUGUCACCCCAUCCUAGCUCUUGUGCAUCUUUUCUCCGUCCUUUUACAUUGCAUUCCCUCACUAAUAAAACCUAAAUCUCUCUCUCUCUAUCUCUCUCUCCCUAUCUGUCUCUCUUGAGCUCUCCUGCCUCUUCCACACACCCAAACUAGCACACUCUCACAACAGCUAGUCCCACCUGCUCCAUUUAAACAAUGGAGCCUCCACCUUCUCUGAGCUUGGCCCUACUGGCUGAGGGCGAGGAGGAAGAGCAGCACCCCCCCCUUCCAUUGAGUGGUCUCCCGCACCCAGCUACUUCUGGAACGUACCCCGGAACAAACCACUCCAACCACACGGGAGGCACUAGCCUAGAUCGGAUCAAUGGCACGCCAUCCCCAACCACCCCUAGUGUACCCCCAACCGGCCUUCCCAAGCUCCCCCUGGCUUCAGUCCAACAGCUUCCCCCAGCCGUUCCAAAUGCCCUGCACCCCGCUAGCACACCCCUGUCAUCCUGCCUGGGCAGCCAGCACAGCCUAAGUGGGGAUAACUCGCCCGUUUAUAACGCUCUCUUCUACUCUUCGCACUCGCCCUCCGCCGAGAGGGAGAGAGAGCGGGAGCGGGGGUGCAAGCACCGGCAAGCCAGCCCGCUGGUCCACCGGCGGGACAGCAACCCCUUUACCGAAAUCGCCAUGAGCUCCUGCAAGUACACCGGUGGGGUGAUGAAGCCCCUGAGCCGCCUGAGUGCGUCCAGGAGGAACCUCAUCGAGUCGGACAGCGGGAGCGACACCAAAGAGGGAGGGGCCCCAGGACGGGACCGAGAGAAGGAGGGAGGGGCGGCACCACCGCAGCAGGGCCAGACCCAGAACCCCCCCGAAAUCGUCAUAUCCUCCAAAGAGGACUCGCCUUACAGUUACGACCUGGACACCACCUCCAACCAGAUGUCCAUCUACCAUCAGAACCACAACCUGUCGGAGAGCCGGGGGGCUCUGGGAAGCUCUGGGGGGGUGGGUAGCACAGCUAACAGCCGGGGGGGUGGGGGUAGUACCGGGGGGACCAGUAAUUCCAAGGCCCCAAAACGGAAGAACCAGAAUAUUGGGUACAAGCUGGGCCACCGGAGGGCGCUGUUUGAGAAAAGGAAGAGGCUGAGUGACUACGCCCUCAUCUUUGGGAUGUUCGGCAUUGUGGUCAUGGUCAUCGAGACAGAACUCUCUUGGGGCGUUUACAGCAAGAGUUCCAUGUACUCGCUGGCUCUGAAGUGUCUUAUCAGCCUGUCCACUGUCAUCUUACUGGGACUCAUCAUUGCCUACCAUGCCCGUGAGGUGCAGCUCUUCGUCAUCGACAACGGGGCGGACGACUGGCGCAUCGCCAUGACGAUGGAGCGGGUGCUGCUGAUCGCGCUGGAGCUGCUGGUGUCGGCCGUGCACCCGGUGCCGGGGGACUUCCGCUUCCACUGGCGGGCGCGGCUGGCCUUCUCCUACGCCCCCUCGCUGGCGGAGGCCGACCUGGACAUGGUGCUGUCGGUGCCCAUGUUCCUGCGGCUCUACCUCAUCGCCCGCGUCAUGCUGCUGCACAGCAAGCUGUUCACCGACGCCUCGUCCCGCAGCAUCGGCGCGCUCAACAAGGUACACUUCAACACGCGCUUCGUGAUGAAGACCCUGAUGACCAUCUGCCCCGGGACCGUGCUACUGGUCUUCAGCAUCUCUCUGUGGAUCAUCGCCGCCUGGACCGUGCGCGUCUGCGAGAGGUACCACGAUGCGCAGGACGUGACCAGCAACUUCCUGAGCGCGAUGUGGCUCAUCUCCAUCACCUUCCUGUCCAUCGGCUAUGGAGACAUGGUGCCCCACACCUACUGCGGCAAGGGCGUCUGCCUGAUCACCGGCAUCAUGGGGGCCGGGUGCACGGCGUUGGUGGUUGCCGUGGUGGCCAGGAAACUGGAGCUGACCAAGGCGGAGAAGCACGUCCACAACUUCAUGAUGGACACCCAGCUCACGAAGAGGAUAAAGAACGCUGCAGCCAAUGUGUUGAGGGAGACCUGGCUGAUCUACAAGCACACCAAACUCGCAAAGAAGAUCGACCACUCCCGAGUACGCAAACACCAGCGCAAGUUCCUGCAGGCCAUUCACCAACUCCGCAGUGUGAAGAUGGAGCAGAGGAAACUCAGUGAUCAGGCCAACACCCUGGUGGAUCUCUCAAAAAUGCAGAGCGUGAUGUAUGAGCUGAUGUCGGAGCUGAACGAGCGCAGCGAGGACCUGGAGCGGCAGAUGCUGAGCCUGGAGACGCGGGUGGAGCAGCUGACGGCCGGGUUCAGCGCGCUGCCCGCCCACCUCUCCGCCACGCUGAGCGCCCAGCACACCGCCCUGCUGCACCUGCUCCGCGAGAGGGACCCCAGGGCCACGCCCGAGACAGCCGGGGGGCCGGGGGCCGAGGGCAGCCCCAACACCAGCUCCUCCAGCUGCUGA